AUGACCAUAACCAAUCUGCUUAAACUUGGAAUUUUUCUACUCGACUGCUCACGAAGCAAAUUGUACGCAGCGCUGGGUCGCCGCAAUGGUCGAGUGGUAGCUAGCGACUUGCAGAGUGGAUCUUCGUCCUUCCGAGUAGAGGCUUUGAUGCCUGUUGCUGAAAGUUUUAAGUUUGCACUCGAGUUAAGAACACAUACCUCUGGACUAGCUGCGCCACAACUGAUGUUUAGUCAUUGGGAGGUGAUAGAUAUCGAUCCGUUCUGGCGUCCACGCACUGAAGAGGAGUACCUCCAAUGGGGAGAAAAAUGGGAUGGCGUUAAUAAAGCCAAAGCCUACAUGGAUGCAGUGAGGACGAGGAAGGGACUGGCAACAGACAAACAUUUAGUUCAACACGCUGAAAAACAACGAACGCUCUCUAAGAAGAAAUAG